AUGUCCAACGCCUCCAAGGAAAAGAUCGACGAGACGAUCUACGAGACGAAGGAUAACGACUUUGAUCGGUCGCCCACCAACCUCUCGCACGCUGCCGAGGAUGAGAGCGGCAUCCGUUUUAACCAAGAUGGUACGCCCUCUGAUCCUGCCCAAUAUGCCACCUGGCGUCGUGGCAUUCGCAAGCUCGACUGGCGUGCCGUUCCCGCCCUAGGCCUGCUCUGGCUCGCCAACUUCAUCGACAGGUCCAACAUCGGUAACGCCAAAGUCGCCGGUCUCACCACCGACCUCAAACUCGACGGUCAAAAAUUCAACAUCGCCCUCGCCAUCUUUUACAUUACCUACAUUGCUAGCGAGAUCCCCAGCAACAUGAUGCUGAGGAAGUUGGGAGCCAAGUUCUGGUUGCCGUUUAUUGUGUUCGCUUGGGGCGUGGUCACGGUUUUCCUCGGCAUCGUCAAGAACUUUGCGGGGCUGAUCGUUGUCCGACUCUUGCUGGGAUUGUUCGAAGGUGGUCUGCUGCCUGGCAUGCCCCUGUACCUCUCGCAACUCUACCCGAGAUACAUGGUCCAGGUACGCAUUGCAUACUUCUACGCAGGAGCCAGCCUUUCUGGGGCCUUUGGAGGCCUGCUCGCCUCGGGCUUGAUCCAUAUGGAUGGUCUUGGUGUUCAGAACCGCUAUCUGGCUCCUCUGAGGCCGCUGACCGCACGAGGAGUUGCUGGCUGGCGGUGGAUUUUCUUGAUUGAAGGGUUGCUCACUAUUGUCGUGGCAUGCUUUGCGUGGUGGUCGUUGCCAGCCUCAGUCAGGAGCUUCAAGGGUCUGAAGGAGGACGAGCGCGAGCUCAUGCUCGCUGUUCUGGGACGCGACCAGCAGAACAACCGCGCAAAGGCAGCUGGAGUUGCUCCCAUUCUGAAGGCAGACGAGGACGAUGCGGAGAAGCAGCAACACACGAUGAAGGUCUCGGCACCCAACGCACUCACGGCUGUCAAUGCCAAUGCAGCGGACAGCUCGGCGAUCCGUCAAGGAAUGGUGUUCGAGGAGGAGCAGUUCGAAUGGCGCGAAGUCCGACGUGGUCUCAUGGAGCCUCAAGCUUGGUUCUUGGGCAUUGCCUACCUGCUCAUCUGUAACUCGCUCUACUCGUUCAGUCUCUUCUUGCCGACUAUCUUGCGAGGCAUCUACCCGGACAUCGCAACCACCCGCCUCCAGCUCCUCACGGUCCCGCCCUACGUCCCUGCCACGGUGCUGGUGAUCAUCGUCGCCUAUCUCUCGGACAAAACGCGCAUGCGGGGCCCUUUCAUGCUCGCCCUCCUCCCCCUCUCCAUGAUUGGCUACAUCAUGCUCCUCGCGACCAACGAUGCCAAGGUCAAGUACGGUGCGACCUUCCUCAUCGCUCUCGGUCUCUACCCUAGUGCGCCAUGCAUCCUCGCGCUUCCGAUCAACAACAACUCCGGUCUCUACAAGCGGGCUACGGUCAUCGCGCUCGAGCUCAUGAUUGCGAAUCUGGCAGGCUUUGUGGCGACGUUCAUCUAUCAGGCCCACUGGGCACCCAAGUAUGUACAGGGUCACUCGGUCGCGCUCGCCAGUCUGGUCGGCGCCGAGAUUUUCAUUGCGAUCAACGUCUGGUGGUGCUGGAGCGAAAACAAGGCGAGAGAAGCCGGCAAGAGGGAGGGCAACUGGGCGGCAUACCAGAAGCUUGUCGAUGAGGGAAAGACCAAGGCCCCCAUCGGAGAUCGCUCGCCUCACUUUAGGUACACUUUGUAG